AAACCCCGGCAUGCAUAGCGCACCGGUUUCCUCGCCCAGACAGAAUCUUCUGCUGGAAGCUGGGAAAUAAUGGCGGCGCCCGGCUCAUCAUCAGCCCCCAUAUCAUUCGGUUUCAGCCGCACUUCCAAGCAGAAGCUCCUAGUGCCCGGGAAUGCAGAGGUCGGAGGCGGGGAACCGAGGGAGUACCUGCUGGGGGCGGAAGGGAAGGAGCUGCUGAGCGCUAACCCGGCUCCUGUCUCCAAGCCUCUGGUGAUCCCCCUUAUACACAAGAACCGAUGGUCCCAAACCAGCUGGAACAAGGAGAAAGCUGAAAAUGAGGUCCCACAGACUGAGCAGGACGCUGUGCUCUCACAGGCUGUGCAGGAGCUCAUUGCAGAAUCCCGUAAAUCCGAGCAGAAUGAAUCUUUGGUGGACCAGACCCUUCAAAUCCCUCUCCUCAUGCAGAACAAAGUGCCCAGCGGGUAUGAAGAUGGGGACAAGGUGGAUGUCUGUUUAAGACCGGAAGCAGCGGAGGCUGCAGACUAUGAAGUGGUGCCCGUGGAACAGUACGGGAUGGCCAUGCUUAGAGGGAUGGGCUGGAAGGAGGGCGAAGGCAUCGGAAAGACCUUCAAACAGGACGUUAAGCCAUUGGACCAGAAGCUGCGCCCCAAGGGUCUGGGACUAGGUGCUGACUGCACUGCCCUGAAGGAACUGGAGCCUCAGAAACGCCGAAGGCCCCUGAAACCAGGGGAGGAGCCAGAGGAAGAGGCGAAGGGCCUGGGUACAGGAAGUACAGUGUUAAUCCAGAGUGGCGCCCACAAAGAGCUGUAUGGGAAGGUGGAAGGCCUUGAUGCUGACAAUUGCCGGGCAAUGGUGAAGCUUGCGAUCGGUGGAAAAGUGGUCACAGUGUCCCAGUUCGCCUUACGACUAGUCGGCAGUACAGAAUACUCAAAGUAUGCAAAGGAUCUGAGCCGAUUAAGUAAAGCAGAGCAGCAAAAGAAGCAGCAAGAAACGAAGCAGGAUCAGGGCAACGAACGUUCACCAGAGAGAGCGCAACUUGGGAGGGGGGACGGAGAGGAGACCAGAGAGCCGAGCAGGAACGGAAACUCCAGCAGCAGAGACAAGAGACAUCGACCGAGGAGCCCUGAGAAAGAGAAGAAGAAGAGACAAAAGCCAGAGGAACAAAACUGGUUAUAUCGGGACUUAAGAGUUCGAUUUAUUGACAAGCACUAUAAAGGUGGAAAAUACUACAACUCGAAGAUGUUAGUAGAAGACGUGGUGAGCCCCAGGACUUGUGUGUGUCGGACAGAGGGUGGACGCCUCGUGGAAGAUAUAAAGCAGGACAUGCUGGAGACCCUGAUCCCUAAGGCGGAAGGAGACCAUGUAAUGGUGGUGCUGGGGGAACAUAGAGGACAGGUGGGGAAGAUCCUGUAUAGAGACAAGCAGAAGAACAAAGCUCUGGUUCAGCUACAGGGCGAGCAGGAUAUAGCCGUAAACCUCAGUUAUGAUGUCAUCUGUCACUAUAUGGGGGAGCAUGAGGACUAGACCCUGCAGUAACCAUGGACAGCAGACGCUUUAUACAUUGUCGCACCUCCUCGCUGUGUUUUAUUGUAUACCUGUAAAUAAACCUGUCGUUUUGUACAAGGUC